AUGAUUCGUGAUCAUUCAGGACGUUGUCUUACAAUGUUUGCUUUGAACCUUGGUUCUUGCACUAUAACCCAAGCCGAGUUAAAGGGAGCUGUUGAAGGUCUCCAGGUGGCGUGGGAUGCAGGACACAGACGAGUCAAUGUGCAACUCCACUCUCGGUGUGUGGUUCAGCUCCUGAGACGUGCAGACUAUCACUACCAUCAUAGUGCAACUAUUAUUUUGUGA